AUGGGCAUCAAAUUAAGGAAAUUAGACAGAAGUGACGUUCGUUUCCAAGAACACGAGCAAGAGUUCAACAGACGAUGGCAGCAUCCCGGCAAAUACGCCCGAGUGCAGGAGGUUUUCCUCGCCAGAGAUAUCUCAGUGUCCAUGUCGGUCCGAGGCAUACGAUUCAAUAGAUACAGAAACGGUACGCCGUGGAUGCUGCUCUACCACGGGACGCAGCGUGCUUGCUACGCCGGCGAGUCGGGCGAUUCGAUCCACAACUGCUCCAACGCCGAGUGCAAGUUCUGCUCCAUCCUGAAGGAGUCGUUCAAGAUCUCAGAAGCCGGCUCAAGGAACAGACAUGGCAUGUUCGGCAAGGGAAUAUACACGACACCGAUUGCUUCAAAAGCAGACAACUAUGCCAAGAACCAUCACAUCCGAUCGCAGUUCCACGCCAUUAUCCUGUGCCGGGUGGUUUGCGACAAGCCGCAGCUGAUGCACCAAGCCGACCACUCGAUGAUGGCACCCAGCUCCGAUCAGUUCAACUGUGUCACGGCCGUAACUAAAGCCAAUGGUGGGUCGGUGGAAUACCCCGAGAUCGUCGUGUAUCGCGACGAUGCCAUCGUUCCCGUAGGUGUGAUACUGUACACGCGUGAGGGAUGGGCCCCCAGGAGAUGA